CUAACCCGCUGUCUAGCAGAAGUGGUCAUGGAGGUGCUCACACUGGGCCAGGCCCAGAGAAGCCCCUGCACAACUCUGCUCCACAAAGAGAUAUUUGAGAGAGAGCCCCAUGGCUGUGUGUCCCUUGAGGAGAAGAGAUUGCUGGGUGGGGACUUCACCAAGCAGGAUGCUGGAAAGAUGAGGUCCAGCCAGGAGAUAAGGGACAAGGAAGAGGAGGAAGCAGACAGGACCCACAAGUCUGAGGUGCGGGAACAGGCCGUCCACACACAGCUCCACAGCCAGCUCCGCCAGGAGGAGGAGAGCCAUCCAGGGAAGACCUUUGAGCAUAUGUGGGAGCAGCAUCCAGAGGGUGCCAGGGACCCCCAGAAGCGGGUGGCUGAGAAGGCCAGCGAUGAGGAGACGGCCCAGUUUCAGGCAGAGGAGAAGGGUGUGCAGCUGAUGGGCGGAGAUCACAAUCUGUGGCAGGGGGCUGAGAUGGUUGGGGGAGGAAGGCAUGAGUCCUCGAGCCAUCGUCACCAUCUGGAGCAGCUGGACACCAAGGCCAAGCAGGAGGAAGAGGCAGAGGAGGAGACAGCUUCAGAACAGGAGGAAGGCGAUGUGGACCGGCUAGAGCGCAUGAAGGAGCAGCUAAAGAAGGCCACUGCCAUGCUGGGGGAGGCGCUUGGGAGGGAAGGCUGACCCCACUCCACUCUCUUCCUUUCCCAUACUCCCUAGGG